AUGAGGUUACCUCCAUCACCUUUCCCGAAUAACAUCAUCUCCACCUUCUUUCCAUUCCUUCUUUUUCUUCUCCAAUCGAUAACUGUCCACAGCUCGUCACCUGUUCAGUACGAUCCUCAACAUGCUAUCGCCGUGAACUGCGGUUUCCUCCACAACUCCACAGCAGUUGACGGCAGACAGUGGGUUGGAGAAACAGAUUCUGCUUCCAUCCUUUCUUUUCAUGGACCUGGAAGUAAACCAGUGAUCCCUUUAUCCGUUGACCGAUCAUAUUCUCUCGAUCCUACUCCCUAUAUGACAGCUCGAGCUUCUCGGUCAACGUUCACUUACACUUUCCAUAUCGGCUCCGGCUUCAAGUUCAUCCGCCUUCAUUUCAAUCCAGUUUCAUACUCUGGUUUCCAAAGGUCAACCGCCUUCUUCACUGUAAAAUCAGGACCGUAUACACUCCUCAACAACUUUAAUGCGUUCCUAGCCAUCGAUUCUCUCGGUCUGAAAUCCAUUGUAAAAGAAUUCACCCUUUAUGUCCCUGACGAUGAUGAUGGACCCUUAUCAAUUACUUUCUCUCCCUCAAGAACAAUCCCUUCGGAUGAGACAUUUGCAUUUGUAAAUGGAAUUGAAGUUGUUCCCAUGCCGCUUGGACUUUACUACACCAUGGAGGGAGAUGCAGGGGCAUAUGUUGUAGGGCAGACUUGUGGAUUUCACAUUGGCAAAGACAUUGCAAUGGAGUUGGCGUAUCGGUUAAAUGUUGGUGACAUGAAGCUAUCGUCUGUUCAUGACACAAAUAUGUUUAGGGAGUGGACUGACGAUUUAAACCAUAUUAUAGGAUCAAGUGUUUUUCCUGUCACUUCUGCAAAUAGGAUCAAGUAUACAAAAACAUCAAAAGAUGGUGCACCACACAGAGUUUACCAGUCCUCUUGGUCAAUGAACCGAAAUUUGCAAGUUGGAGAAGAAGUUAGUUUUACAUGGAAAUUGCCUGUAGAUUUGGGAUUCAGGUAUCUAAUCAGAUUGCAUUUUUGUGAGCUUGAUUAUGAGGUGAAGAGUGGGCAAAAAGAGUUCAGUAUUCUCAUAAACAAUCAAAUGGUUGAGCAUAAAGGAGACUUGAUCCGAUGGGGUGUUGGGAUUGGGGUUGCAAUCUAUAAGGAUUAUUUGGUAACAGUAAGAGGAGACAGAAUGAUGGGUAAGACAGAUCUACUGGUAGCUUUGUACCCAAACAAUUACGACCAAUCAACUGAAUUUGUUGAUGCAGUUAUUAAGGGGAUUGAGAUUUUUAAACUAAGAAACCCGGAUGACAAUCUUGCUGGAAGGAAUCCGGUGAUCUCUCAUCCUCAUGCUUCAACAAAGCACAGACUUAGAAUGCGGACAAGUAUAAAUGACAUUGCAACUCUUAUUAUAGUUUUUGUCAUUCUUAUAAAUGUCAUUGUUCACCAAUUUUGUGAAUUGAAAGAAAGGAGUUGGAGUGUAAACAUUUCGCCAUCUCUAAUUGACGAGGCGUUGUGUCGUAGAUUUUCAUUUGCUGAGAUCUCGUUCGCAACCAACAACUUUGACAAAAAAUUAGAGAUUGGACGAGGGGGUUUUGGUAAGGUCUACAAAGGUGUUAAUAAUGGUAUAGAGAAAACAGUAGCAAUUAAGAGGUUAGGUUCUGAAUCUGUGCAAGGAGAGAAAGAAUUCAUCUCAGAAAUUAAGACACUUUCCAAGCUUAGACACAAAAACCUCGUUUCUUUGGUAGGAUACUGCAAUUUUGGCGUUGAAAUGAUAAUUGUUUACGAUUACAUGGAACAUGGCACUUUUGCGGACCAUCUCCACAAGAAUAAACGUAAUGGUGGUAACAAUGGAGAUGUAACUCCUCUAACUUGGGCGGAAAGGCUCGAUAUCUGUUUGGGUGCUGCUCGCGGGUUAGAUUACUUGCACACCAAUAGUGAGCAAGAUGUCAUUCAUCGAGAUGUCAAGAGCGAAAACAUUUUGCUAGAUCUGCACUGGGUGGCCAAAGUUGCUGAUUUUGGCAUAUGCAAAGUGGGAACUACCAGCCAUACUAGCACCCAUUUCAGCACUGAUGUGAAGGGAACUAUUGGUUACCUAGAUCCUGAGUAUUUUUCAACACGCAGGCUAACCAAGAAAUCCGAUGUGUAUGCGUUCGGUGUUGUGUUGUGGGAAGCAUUGUGUGGGAGGCCAGUCGUUGACACUAGAAUGGAAGGGGAACAACGCAGCCUUGUUUUGUGGGUUAAACGUUGUUUCAAGGAAGGAAUGGUUGACCAGUUAAUUGUGAUUCUAGUUUGA